GGCAUUAUUCCAAAUCAAGCAGGUAUCUGCUUCUGGUGUUAGAUUUUAAGAUGAAGCCACUAUGAAAUGUAAUAAGUCGUUUAUAACACAUACGCGUAGAUAUAAAAUUAAAAACAAAUGUUAAAAUAUUUCCCCUGAUCACUACAGAAUAGCUGUUACAUUAUUUUGAGGUGUAAAGACAAACUAUGCGUUUAGGCUUUCAAAUUUAAUACCCAAUAUAGUAUCAAAUAUUAUUCCAAACAAAACCAUUUGACUUGCCGAUGUCUAAUAUUGUACUUUUUAUUAGUCUUCAAAGUUGCAACGCAAUUCGCAUUUUUGUAGCUAAUUUAUUUUAAACGGACUAAAAUGCUAUUUUGUUGUUGUUUGUACCCUGAAAACAAAAGAAAGGGGCUUCCAUUUCGACCACCGACAUUUAUAAAGGCAAUAUUCGUGCGCAGCAGCCCAACAUUUAUUCAGAACAAUAACGUUUAUCUUCGUAAAAGAGUAAACCGUGCUUUUGUAAACAAUCAGGUCGACAAAAUGAACGCUACCGUGCCUAAUAGUGAUUUUCAUGUCAUUUUCAUGGCGUCUGUGAUGCGAUGCUGCCCCCCUCUGCCCUGGAGCGGCAGGCAGCAAAACAAGCCCGCUUCGCCAAUAGGAAGUAACUACGGUAGAGCUUCAAAAUACUGUCAACGGAUCGACAACAAAAACAAGCAGAGCGAUUUGCCGAACCCUGCCAUUGCCAGGGGCUGUGGGACACCCCAGGCCCUGACCCACAAGGCCACAGGUUAAGAGAUCCAUUCCUGGAUGCUGUUUGGCAGGAGGCCCACCAUCAAUGUGCUCCUAUUUGACCUCCAGAUCAAAUACGCUGCUUCUCCGCGUUUCCUCAGCUGAAGGUGUGAGAGUGGGAGGAGAGGUGAGAUGGAGUCAGAAGAGACAGAAGGACGCACUUUAGUGCAGGUGAUCAGUGAGAAGUACAGCCCGGAAAACUUCCCAUACUGUCGUGGGCCAGGAGUUGGAGUGGUGAUCCGGUCGAGUCCCCAGGGUUCACCUGUCAAAGAUCGUCUGAACCUGCCCAGCAUUCUGGUUCUGGAUGGUUGUGGAAUCACGGAGGCCGGAGAUGAGGAGGAGGUGGCCACGUUCUGCGCUCACGUGGUUGAGCUAGACCUCUCUCACAACCAGUUAAAAGACUGGGGAGAGAUAAGUAAGAUCCUGUGUAACAUCCCUAACCUAGACUUUCUCAAUCUGAGUAUGAAUCCACUGAGAGGGUCGAGUCUAGAGCCUGGAGCUGCUGAAGCGUUCUCAGGCCUCCGCCGCCUCGUGCUCAAUAACACGCAUGUCACCUGGGACAUGGUGCAUGCACUUACACGAGAGAUCCCAGAGCUAGAGGAAUUGUUUUUGUGUCUGAACGAGUAUGAGAGCGUGAGUGUGUCAUCUACGAUGUGCCCGUCCCUGCGCCUGCUGCAUAUCACAGAUAACCAGCUGCAGGAUUGGGUGGAGGUGCGCAAGCUGGGCCUCAUGUAUCCAGGCCUGGUGUCUCUUAUCCUGGCAAACAACUCCCUCUCUUCUAUCCACGAGCCUGAGGACUCCCUACAGAGACUCUUUCCCAAUCUGCGCAGCAUCAACCUACACAACUCAGGUUUAAAUCGCUGGGAGGACAUUGAGAAAUUGAAUUUCUUCCCAAAGCUUCAAGAGGUCAGACUGAUGGGUAUUCCUUUGCUGCAGCCCUACACUGAUCAGGAAAAACGUUGUCUUAUGGUAGCACAUUUGCCUCACGUGACUGUAUUGAACGGCAGUGUUGUCACUGAUGGAGAAAGAGAGGAUGCAGAACGCUUUUUCAUCCGCUACCAUCUGGACUGCCCUGAGGAUGAGCUACCCUUUCUUUUGAACUAUUCCUCUUUUUUAAGAGUAUGGGCUGCAUUUACUUUUGCUCUUUGAAAUCAAGCAUACCCUGAGGAUACCCUCUACCCCUUUGGACCAGCUCACAGGGAUAUAGAAACCCCUAAGAUGGAUGAUGGCAGUUCUACAGAGAUUCCACUACUAAUUCCAUUCAUAUUCUUCAAUGUGCCCUAUAGGUCCCUUUAUGUCAACAACAAUGGAGUGGUCUCCUUCAACGUUCAGGUGAGUCAAUUCACUCCAGAGGCUUUUCCCCUCAGUGACAGCCGUUCCUUCAUUGCCCCUUUAUGGGCUGACGUGCAUAAUGGUAUCCGUGGGGAUGUGUACUACCGUGAGACAACAGACCCAGAGACCCUGGAGAGGGCCACUCAGGAUGUCAGAAAGUAUUUCAAGAAUAUGGUGUCCUUCACUGCCACCUGGGUCUUUGUUACUACCUGGAAUCAGGUCACCUUUUAUGGGGGCAGCCAGACAACGCCAGUAAAUACAUUUCAGGCAGUUUUGAUCUCCGAUGGCCAAGCUUAUUUUGCUAUGUUCAACUAUGGGGAGAUCAGUUGGAGCACAGGCACAGCUAGUGGAGGAGACCCUCUUACAGGCCUGGGAGGAACCACAGCACAAGCAGGUUUUAAUGGUGGAGAUGUCAGCCAUUUCUUUAACCUUCCUGGAUCACGCUCAAAUGAAGUGGUCAACAUUGAACAAACCACUAAUGUUAACGUACCAGGGCGGUGGUUCUUCCGUAUUGAUGCUGAUCAAAUAGACCCAGCAAAUGGCUGCAGCUACAUUGGGCGGUUUUACCGGCGUGGGGAGGUUUUCUGGUUAUCAGACCAAUGCACUCAGCGAUGUAGAUGUCUCGACCUGGAUAAUGAGGUCAUCUGUCAAGAAACUCCAUGUGGUCAGUUAGAAACCUGUGAACAGGUGGAGGGAGCUUACUACUGCCAGCCUACCCGUACCAGCACCUGUGUGGUGUUUGGAGACCCCCACUACCACACUUUCGAUGGAUUUCUUUAUCAUUUUCAGGGUACUUGCUCAUACCUGUUGGCUCGUCCAUGCUGGGAAAUGCCUGGUUUGCCCUUCUUCAGUGUGGAGGCCAAGAAUGAGAACCGUGGUGUGACCACUGUGUCCUGGCUACGGGAUGUGACAGUAGAGGUCUACAACCACCGUGUCACACUACCCAAAGGGACUCUGGGAACUGUUCAGGUGGAUGGCUUGAUAAAGACUCUCCCUGUUCAACUUCAACUAGGUGCUGUCAAGGUAUACCAAUCUGGCGUUGCUGUCGCUUUGGAAACAGACUUUGGUCUUUUAGUGACCUAUGACGGAUUGCACUACGCCUCCAUCUCCCUCCCCAGCUCUUAUUUCAACAACACUUGUGGUCUAUGUGGUAACUACAACGAUGACCCCGCCGAUGACCCCGUGUUGCCAGAUGGCUCUUUGGCAGAGAGCGUAGUGGAACUGGGUGGUAGCUGGCGAGCUGAGGACACAGAUUUUCGUUGUACAGAUGGCUGUGCCCAGAACUGUAGCAUGUGUGAACCAGCAGCCGAAGCAUUCUACUUUCGCUCAGACUACUGUGGGCUGAUCAAUAAGACUGAUGGCCCUUUCCGAGACUGCAGAGCUGUGGUAGACCCCACAGCAUUUGUGUAUAGCUGUGUUUAUGAUAUGUGCAGCAAUCGUGAUAACAUCACCACCCUGUGCCAAGCUAUACAGGCAUAUGCACUUGCAUGCCAGGCCUUGGGAGUCACUAUACGACCCUGGAGAUCACGCUCGUUCUGUGCAUUGACAUGCCCUGAGAACAGCCACUACCAAGUUUGCACAAGUGCAUGUCCUGCCUCCUGCUCCGACCUAACAUCUCACCUUUACUGUACCCAUCCAUGCACUGAGGGCUGCCAGUGUGACCAGGGCUAUGUGCUGAGUGGCAGCCGAUGUGUCCGUCGUUCUGAUUGUGGAUGUGAACGUGACGGCCUGUACUAUGCCCUAAAUGAGACCUUCUGGGCAGGGGAAGGGGGUGAGGUGGGUGAAGAAUGCUUCCAGCGUUGUGUGUGUGGCCCAGCAGGAGAAGUAACAUGCUUCAACGACUCUUGUGGUGAAGGUGAGGUGUGUGUAGCAGAAGUUGGGUUGUUGGGAUGUUACCCUCGUCGUGAAGCAGUCUGUUCGCUGUCUCAGACUCAAAUACUGGCUACGUUUGAUGGGUUCACAAUGCCAUUCCCUGAUGAGAGCUCAUUCUACCUGGUGAAGACUUUGGGACGCUUGCCUGCAAAUGUUACAUCAGUGGAAGUGAAGAUUGGCCGGAAGCUGGUGAAUAAGGGCCCUACAUGGCUACGGCCAGUAGUUGUUAGAGUGGGACAUUUGGAAGCACAGAUAGGUGGCUCAGAUUUUGACGUGAUAAAGGUCAAUGGUGAACCAGCAAUUCUUCCUUAUGUCCACCCAGUGGAGCCUUUAAUGAUAUACCGGUCCUCUGGUAAUACCACGGUGAUUGAGUGGAGUGGUUUAGUCCGCACCCGAUACUCACGUCAGGGAUUGCUAAACAUCACUCUCUCCACUCUCUUUUACAACACCACCUGUGGUCUUUGUGGUUUCUUCAAUGGAGAUCCAAUUGAUGACCUCCGUCUACCUAGUGGAAGGCAGGCAGAUACACCCGAACAGUUUAUUGAGGGCUGGAGAGCCAUUGCGGAUGAUCUGACGUGCAAUGGCGACUGUGAGGACUUGUAUCGUAUGUGUACAGAUUUAAGGCUGUACCAGAGCCCAUGGCUGUGUGGAAACAUCAACGACCCUGGAAACAGCUCGUUCCUGGCUUGCCAUGCAGCAGUUAAUCCCUCUCCUUUCUUCAGGAACUGCCUCUACAACAUGUGUGUGAAGGAAGGAAACCGUUCUGCCCUGUGUAACUCUCUCCAAGCAUAUGCUUCAGCUUGCCAGGAUGCGCAGAUAAACUUGGGAGCCUGGAGAAGUGCUACCAACUGCCCUCUUCCCUGCCCAGAAAACAGUCAUUUCGAUGAGUGUACAUCUGCAUGCCCUCUCACUUGCUCUAACUUGGAUGAUCCUGACGAGCCGUGCCCUGUACCCUGUUCAGAGGGCUGCCAGUGUGAAGAGGGAUUUGCCCUACGCGAUGGCAUCUGUGUGGCACGUAGCGACUGUGGCUGCUUCUACCUGGGCCGUCAGCUAGCCACCAAUGAGACAUUCUGGACAGACUGGGAGUGCCAGGAACGCUGCUACUGCAACGGCACAGACAACAGUGUCUACUGCACCUUCUCACCCUGUCACCCAGAAGAGUACUGCCAGGAGACUGAAGGUCUGUUUUUCUGUCAGCCUAGGACAGAGGCCAUGUGUGUUGUUGCUGGUUAUGGACACUUUUUGCCUUUUGGAGGUGUACCGUUUGACCUCCAGAGCAGCUGCACUCUUCGUCUAGCCACUACUGAUGCAGAGACCAUUCUGGGGGGACUGCCCAGGUUCCAGUUUUCAUCUCGGAGCGAAGAGAGAGACACUGGACAGGCUAUAUGGGUGCGGGGAUUUGUUCUGGAAGUCUAUGGAUAUGAAAUUGAGGUGUCACGAAGUUUUAAACACACAGUCACGGUGAAUAAAGAGCGCCUGUAUCUGCCUAUAAAACUUGGUCCAGGAAAAGUUAACAUAUACACCCUUGGUCUGCAAUUACUUGUGGAGACAGAUUUUGGUCUGAAGGUGGCUUUUGAUUGGAAUACUCUACUGCUUCUGACUCUUCCUCGCAGUCUCUUUAACGCCACUUGUGGGCUCUGCCAAGGAAUGCCCAUUACUGGUCCCGCACUAAGUGUCACAGAAUGGGGCAUGGCAUGGGCAGAACGUGACACCUUCUGCCAAGUGGGCUGUGGGGACUCUUGCCCUCGCUGUGGACUGGCUGAGAGGGGCCUAGCUGCAGUGAGAUUAUGUGGACUUAUAAUAGAUCGUGGAGGUGUGUUUGCACGCUGUCACAGCAAAGUGGCACCAGCAUACUUCUACCAGAGCUGUCUGCAGGAUACAUGUGUAGAUCAAGGUGCGAGAGAGACCAUCUGUAAUUGGCUACAGAUUUAUGCCAGUACCUGUCAGACACAAGGAGUGUCUGUCAUUGGCUGGAGAAGUUCCACACCCUGUGUGCUGUCGUGCCCCGUGAACAGCCACUAUUCCAGCUGUAUGAUGGUGUGCCAGCCGCAAUGUGCCCCUGCACGUGGACAGAGAGACUGUAACCAGUACUGUGUUGAGGGGUGCCAGUGUGACCAAGGCUAUGUGCUCAACGGCAAAAGCUGUAUCCUUAGUCAGAACUGUGGAUGCUACACGGAUGGUAAAUACUAUGAGCCUAAGCAGUUGUUCUGGAACAGUGACUGUACCAAACGCUGUCAGUGUAUCGGCCGCAAUCUGAUUCAGUGUGACCCACGGCGAUGUAAAACAGAGGAGGAAUGCGUUCUACGUCAUGGUGUGCGAGGAUGCUUUGCCCGACGUAAUCAACACUGUGUGGCAUCAGGCGGUGGCGUCUUCCGUACUUUUGAUGGUGCCUCUCUUCGCUUACCUGCCUCAUGCUCCUUUGUUCUUUCAACGAUCUGUCAUAAGCUGCCUGAGUUAUCUUUUCAACUUAUUGCCAAUUUUGAUAAGUGGAGUACACCCAACCUAACCACCAUCUCCCAUGCUUAUCUCUACAUCAACGAGGAAAACAUUCUCAUCUCUGGAAACACAGUUAAGGUAAAUGGUACGCCUGUGUCCGUACCUUUUGUCACAGGUCUAAUGACACGAGUAUCCACAUCAGAGGGAUUCCUGGUGAUUGACACUCCCCAGGACAUCCAAGUGCGUUAUAACCGAUUCAACACCCUCAGCAUUACAAUGGGCCCACGUCUGCAGAACAAGGUGUGUGGACUGUGUGGGAACUUCAAUGGGGACCCCACUGAUGAUUACAUCACCUCACGUGGAAAACCCGCCGUCAGUGCACUUGAGCUUGCUCAGAGCUGGAAAACCAACGGCAUGCAGAACAGCUGUGAUGAGACGCAGUAUGUGGCUCUGGCUCAGUCCUGUGAUAACACAGCAGUAUCAGAACUCCAGGGAGAGGACAACUGUCUGAAGCUCACAGAUUUGAAAGGUUUCUUCCAGCCCUGCCACGGCCUGCUGGACCCUCACCCCUUCUAUCAGUCUUGUUACAUGGACGGCUGCUACAACCACCGCAAGGCCCAGGUGUGCGGCUCCAUGGCAGCCUACGCUGAGGCCUGCCGCUCUUUCGGCACUCUUACCACCAAGUGGAUUGCACAGGAGAACUGCUCAGAAUGGAUCUAUGACCCCUGUGCAGGAGAGAUUUGCUCAAACAACACAUGUGAGCAGGAGAAUGGAGGAGAUCUGUGUGGCUGCCCUGAGCUACCCAGCACUGAAAUUAGUGAGGAUGACAUUAUCCAGGCAGAGGUGACCUGUAAACACGCUCAGAUGGAGGUUUCUAUCUCCAAGUGCCGUCUGUUCCAGCUGGGCUUUGAGAGGGAAGAUGUACGGAUUAACGACCAGCACUGUGCUGGUAUCGAGGGAGAGGAUUUCAUCUCUUUCCAUAUCAACAAUACCAAGGGACAUUGUGGCUCUAUUGUACAGUCAAAUGGAACACACAUUAUGUACAAGAACACGGUGUGGAUCGAGAGUGUGAACAACACAGGGAAUGUAGUGACACGUGAUAAGACCAUCAACGUGGAGUUUUCUUGUGCUUAUGAAUUGGACAUCAAGAUCUCCCUGGAGACAGUAUUGAAGCCAAUGCUCAGUGUAAUAAACCUCACACUGCCGACCCAGGAGGGCAACUUCAUCACAAAAAUGGCCUUGUAUAAGAACGCCUCUUACCGGCAUCCAUACCGCGAGGGAGAAGUGGUGCUGAGCACCAGGGACGUUCUGUUUGUGGGGGUGUUUGUGGAAGGAGCAGAUGAUAAACAGCUUAUUCUCAUUGUUAACAUGUGCUGGGCUACACCAUCUCGUUACAGCAGUGAUCGCCUUCGUUACAUAAUCAUAGAGAGAGGGUGUCCUAACAUCAAGGAUAACACUAUAGGCAUGGCUGAGAAUGGCGUGUCCCUCACCUGCCGCUUCCACGUCACUGUCUUUAAGUUCAUUGGUGAUUACGAUGAGGUGCAUUUGCACUGUGACGUCUCUCUGUGUGACUCAGAGACCAACGCUUGCAAAGUGAAUUGCCCUCAUAACAAACGAAGUUAUAUGGAUUACAGUCAGCAUAAAGAACAGAUCCUGUCAGUGGGACCAAUCAGAAGAAGAGAUUCAGACUGGUGUGAAGAGGAUAAUGGUGGCUGUGAGCAGAUCUGCACUAGUCAAGUAACAGGCGCUGUGUGCAGCUGUGUGACAGGAAUGCUACAGAGAGAUGGGAAGAGCUGCCGAGUCACCAGUAUGAGUACUGACCUUCAACCCCUGCUUCUUCUGGCAGCUGUUGUUGUAAGCGUCAACAUCUUACUGCAAACACACACCUCAGUUUUUUUCUCUUAACACCCACCAAGCAAGGUCAAGGGAGACAGAGGCGUAUACAGACAAAAGGGAGGAGAAAAGAAAAGCAAAAAGGAGCCAGUGAGGGGAUAUGCAUGUGAUGCAUCAGCAGUCCUGCAGUGAGGACCACCUCUGAGCAGUUCCCUUCAUCGAAGUGAAAACUGUGAUCAAAUGCAACCAAGUGAUCCUUCACCAGCUGGAUAUCUCAGACAUAAACAACGUGCCUCAGUCCAAUAUAAUAACAUGACACCCUUCAGACCCUGAAAAAUCCCAAAUCUUUUCUUUGGCACAACAUCUAAAUGUCAGAAACCAAAAAAAAAGCAAACUGUCACUUUGAAACGUAGUAAUAGAAAGACGACUACUGAAUAUUUCACAGCCACUAAUGACAGAUUAGCGAGCGUUACUUAUUAGAUGAUGAAUUUUCCUGAAAAAUCACUGAAACGUUGAAAGCACGUGUUGCAAGAAUGGAUGAUAAUUCUCAACACCAGUUAUGUUGUUGUAAUGUUUUUGAUUUAGUUGAUUUGAUGAAAUGCAUACCCUCUAUUGCUCUAAUUCUCAAUAUGCCAUUUUGUUUCUUAUUUAAACCCCUUUUUUGCCAUACUAAAGUAUUGCUGAGAUCAAAAUGCCAAUCAGCAUUUGUAUUCCUGCGAAUACAAAUGAGUGAAUAGUGUUUGGUACCAACACACAAAUGUUCUUGAGUAGCCAACUUUUCAAGCAUCACUUAUUUAAGCUGUAUAUAGUAGGCCAUGUUUGAUGGAUGUGAACACUUUUGCCCUGUACUAUAAAUACUCAAUGUACUGUAUGAAUCACUGACAUAAAGUGAAUUGUUAGAGUCAUCAACUCCAUUUGCAAUUUAAUCUGCCAAUAUCACUCAUACUUCAUGGUGAUGAUGAUGAUGAUAUUAAUGGAAAUUCAAGGACUGGUUCUAAUCACUUUGCUCAUGACACCACACAACUGAAAUAUACUGCAUUUCCUGUAGGCUUGGGACUGCCAUAACACCAUGGUAAAGGAUGUAGUCAGCUGAUUGGUGACCAAACCCUUGAUGUCCAUACUUACUGUAACGAU